AUGGCUGACCAACACCCCACCACCCUCCUCACGAUCCUCACAAACCAGCUACUCCUCCUCUUGACGGUGCCCUACCUUUCAGUGGGCGACAUCCACUCCCUCACGCUUACCUCCCGCGCCCUCUACAACUCAAUCACCUCUUCCCCCAGCGUCCACCGCUACCUCGACCUCUCCGCACGCCCCACCACCCGCUCCCAGAAACACACCAAGCUCCCCCGCCUCCUCACAACAACUCCGCACCACCGCAUCCUCCAUGCAACACGAACCCUCAUCCUCGACAACACUCCCACCACAGACACUGACCUCCGCACCCUUAUCGCCCCCCAGGACCGCCCAAGCACAAUCCAACUCCUCAGCAUCCGUGACUGCGAAAGCAUCAACCACUAUGGUCUCAUGGCCCUCCUCACCUCCCUCGUCACCUCAUACUCGGCGAACGAAUUGAGCCUAAAGGGCGUCUACUGGUUUACCUCACCCACCUUCACCUCCUCUACCGGCCGUAUCGUGCGGAACAACCGCCUACGACUCAUCCCCGCCUGGGUACCAGUCCUGCAGGCGUGCGCCGGGCGCAUCACAUUUGACACCGUCGUCUGCGACGGCCACAGCCAUUCCGGCGACCGCGCGGUGACCGCGCAGCUUGCCAACAUCCGGCUCGGAGACAGCGGCAGUGGGUGCGGCGGGUGCGGGGCGGUCCCAGCGCGGAGCAAGGCGCUUGUUGCGCCGGCGCCGCGGUUUGGCGGGUUUAAUGCGGCGUGCAGAGGCGCGGAGGGGGUGCUGCGGUGCGAGGAGUGUGUGAAGGAGCGGUGGUGCGAGUGCUGCGGGGUGUGGUGGUGUGAGGCGUGUGCGGAGGGUGAGAAGAAGAUGAAGCGGACGUGCUUCGAGUGUGGGAGUCAGUGUGUGGAGUGUACGGCGAAGCAUAGCAGGGUGUGCUUGUCGUGCAAGGGUGGAUAUUGCAUCACACAUAAUGAGGGCGCUGAAGAAUCCUACUGCGAAUGGUGUGUCGCCGCAAACGUCCCCCGCCGCGGGUCCGCAUCAAGCUCAAGCUCAAACGCAUUCCUGACCUCCCCGGCAAAAGCAUACUACCUCUCACUCGGGCCCGCCCAGCACAGCACGGCAAAGCCGCGGACCGUCUCGUCGGGCACGCCAUUCAGAGCGGCUACAAAUGUACCGAUUGGCGGCCGCCAGUACCAGAAGGAGAUUGCGGCGACGACUAGAAGGGUGGGCAUGCAGCUUUAG